AUGUCUAAGGGACCAGCAGUCGGCAUUGACCUUGGCACCACCUACUCCUGCGUAGGGGUGUUUCAACAUGGAAAGGUGGAAAUCAUUGCUAACGAUCAGGGCAACCGAACCACACCCAGUUAUGUGGCUUUCACAGAUACCGAAAGGUUGAUUGGGGAUGCCGCCAAGAAUCAGGUUGCCAUGAACCCAACAAACACAGUUUUUGAUGCCAAGCGUCUAAUUGGCCGCAGAUUUGAUGACCCUGUUGUACAGUGUGACAUGAAGCACUGGCCCUUCACUGUCAUUAGUGAUGGCGGAAGACCCAAAGUCCAAGUAGAAUACAAAGGAGAGACAAAGUCAUUCUACCCAGAAGAGGUCUCCUCAAUGGUUUUGACAAAGAUGAAGGAAAUUGCAGAAGCUUAUCUUGGGAAGACUGUAACAAAUGCAGUGAUCACUGUACCUGCCUAUUUUAACGACUCCCAGCGCCAGGCCACAAAGGAUGCCGGCACCAUCUCUGGGCUCAAUGUACUACGUAUAAUCAAUGAGCCAACUGCUGCAGCCAUUGCAUAUGGUUUGGACAAAAAGGUGUGUAGUGGAGCAGAGAGGAACGUGCUGAUCUUUGACCUUGGUGGUGGAACCUUCGAUGUCUCCAUCCUGACAAUUGAGGAUGGCAUCUUUGAGGUCAAGUCAACAGCUGGUGACACUCAUUUGGGUGGGGAAGACUUUGAUAACAGAAUGGUAAAUCACUUUGUAGCAGAAUUCAAGAGAAAGCACAAGAAAGAUAUCGUUGACAACAAGAGAGCUGUUCGCCGUCUCCGCACUGCCUGCGAGCGUGCAAAGCGUACCCUGUCCUCCAGCACCCAGGCUAGCAUUGAAAUCGACUCCCUGUAUGAAGGAAUUGACUUCUACACCUCAAUCACCAGAGCCCGAUUUGAAGAACUCAAUGCUGAUCUCUUCAGAGGAACCCUGGAUCCAGUGGAGAAGGCCCUUCGUGAUGCCAAGCUUGACAAAUCACAAAUCCAUGAUAUUGUCUUGGUUGGGGGGUCCACACGUAUUCCCAAAAUCCAGAAGCUGCUUCAGGACUUCUUCAAUGGCAAGGAACUGAACAAGAGCAUUAAUCCAGAUGAGGCUGUUGCCUAUGGUGCAGCUGUACAGGCUGCCAUCCUGUCUGGAGACAAAUCUGAAAAUGUUCAGGACCUCCUGCUGCUUGAUGUCACCCCUCUGUCUCUGGGUAUCGAGACUGCCGGUGGAGUUAUGACUACCUUGAUCAAGCGUAACACAACCAUUCCCACAAAGCAGACACAGACCUUCACAACCUACUCGGACAACCAGCCUGGUGUCUUGAUUCAGGUAUAUGAAGGUGAGAGAGCCAUGACAAAGGACAACAACUUGCUGGGCAAGUUUGAGUUGACUGGUAUCCCACCAGCCCCCCGUGGUGUUCCUCAAAUUGAGGUGACAUUUGACAUUGAUGCCAACGGUAUCCUUAAUGUGUCUGCAGUGGAUAAGAGCACUGGCAAGGAAAACAAGAUCACCAUUACCAAUGACAAAGGUCGUCUGAGCAAAGAGGACAUUGAGCGCAUGGUACAGGAAGCCGAGAAGUACAAGGCUGAAGAUGAGAAGCAGAGAGACAAGGUCUCCUCCAAAAACUCCUUGGAGUCGUAUGCUUUCAACAUGAAGGCAACUGUUGAGGAUGAGAAGCUCCAGGGCAAGAUCAGUGAUGAGGACAAACAGAAAAUCUUGGACAAGUGCAAUGAAGUCAUCUCUUGGCUGGACAAAAACCAGACUGCUGAGAAAGAUGAGUUUGAACAUCAACAGAAGGAGCUGGAGAAAGUAUGCAACCCGAUCAUUACCAAGCUGUACCAGAGUGCAGGUGGCAUGCCAGGUGGUGCUCCAAGCAGCGGCGGAUCCUCCGGACCUACAAUUGAAGAGGUCGACUAA